AACAUUCACAAUCCAGUGUGCAAGUCCAGAGUCCAGCUACUACACAUGUGACCAUAUGAAUACAUUUCUCUGCUUUUUAACAUGGAACAGAUCACCAACCAUCUCGUCAGGUACAAAAACUACAACUUUGGCAUUGGACUCACAACUGCAGAGCACAUUGAUUCACUCCAGAGCUUUGAAAUUCGAGAUGAUGACAUAUUCCUUGUCACUUAUCCAAAGUCAGGAACUAUAUGGACUCAGCAGAUCAUCAUCUCCAUCUGUGAGUUAGACGGAGGUCUAAAUGAAUAUCCAAACAACUGGGAGCAGAUGCCGUGGCUUGAGUACCCAGAGGGUCGAGAUUACUAUCUGCGACCGUCUCCACGGCUCUUCGCCUCUCACCUCACCCCGACUCUCCUGCCUCUGGGACUGAAGGACAAGAAGGCAAAGAUUAUCUAUGUGAUGCGGAAUCCAAAGGACAACAUUGUGUCCUAUUACCACUUCAGUGCUGCCAUCAAGGACCUGGAGACGCCCAAGAGUUUUGAGCACUUUUUUGAGGACUAUAUGACAGGCAAUGUUAACUCCUCAUCCUGGUUUGACCACAUCAGGGAGUGGCAUUCAAAGAGAGACCAGUACAACGUCCUCUUCCUGACCUAUGAGGACAUGAUUUUGGACCUGAAGACAGCGGUAACUAAGAUAUGCACUUUUUUAGGGAAAAACCUGAGUGAAGCAGCCAUUGAGCAAGUUGUGGAAAAGUCUACAUUCAAGACCAUGAAGAAAGACUCGAAAGCAAACUACAAGUUUCUGCCAGAAACGAGGCUGAGGGGAGACUUCAUGCGCAAAGGUAAGAUCGGUGACUGGAAGAACACCUUAACUGCAGCUCAGAGUGAAAGAGUCGAUCAACUUCUUCAGGAGAGACUAGGUGAUUUGUCUCUGAAGUUCAACUGGGAAUAAGCAGAGCAACCAGUAGCUGCUAAUGUGUAAACUGCAUCACAAAAAGCUCCAUUUAAAUGCUUUCUGACUCAUGUUUGGACAGACAGACAGACACACCAGGAAAAAAUGAACACAAGAGCAGAAAACACUAACUCAGUUGGCCAAUCUGUCGUCUUUAUUGAAUGUCAAAAGGAAUUAAAUUGUGUUUCUUUAUGUAUGGUGAAGGCCCUUUGGUCACUGGAGCCGAUUCCACACUUCAAUUCUCUUCAUCUAGAAAGAGGAAAGAAAACAAGAUUCACAUCAAACAAGAUAUCAGUCAAGUGUGACAUGUAAACCCAGAAAAUCUCCUCUUACAUCAGUAAUGUAGCUGCUGACACAUUGCAUGUUGUAAUAACACAAUUUUCAUAAUGUCGCCAUUUUACUGCAUUUGACAUCUCCCAGCUCUAAUGUGAAUAGUAGUUUAAUGUAAUUGAUGGAAAAUCUGUUUGCCAUCUUUAAAAACAUGUUCAACCGUUUUUAAUUUAUCUCAAACUGUAAAUGUACAUUAAAGAACUUAACACGUGGAGUAAAACAA